AGUGUGAUAAAGCACGUGAGGUCAGUUGUCAGAUUAUUGAGGGACGUGUGUAGAAGUAAACAUGUAAAUUAUAAGUGUGAUAUGAAUCAUGUGAUAACGAUGACCUCAUUUGUUUUAUUUUACAGUCCAGGGCAUCCAAUGUAUCACCAGUAUGACACCCGAAAAACCAAUCACAGAACGGAUAAAUCCUAAGACAAAUAAUAUAGAUAUAGCCUCACCACUAGAAAUUGUUUCGUUAUUAGAAGAUUGUGAUGCAGAAAUUUUUAAAGGGUGGGGAAAAUAUCCAGAUAUUUACAAUGAAAGAAUACAGAAAAAUAUUGAUGCUGUAUCCGAAAUAGUUGUUAGUAUUUUAAAAAAUUCAACAAGGAACAGUAUUAUAUUGAGUGGAUGCGGAACUUCUGGUCGAAUUGCUUUUAGUAUUGCAAGAAGUUUUAAUGAUAAAUUAAGAAAGUUUGGUAUUACGCCAUGUUUUGAUUAUUUACUAGCCGGUGGUGAUGUAGCGUUAUUUACUUCUCAAGAGUCUGGUGAAGAUGAUCCUGUUAAUGGUCGAGAUCAACUGAUUAAGGCAACGAAAGGAAAGAAGAAGGUUUUAUUUAUUGGUAUAACGUGUGGUUUGUCCGCACCCUUUGUGGCCGGACAAUUAGACUACUGUCUACAGCAUUUAGACAAGUUUAUACCAGUCAUUAUAGGUUUUAAUCCAAUUCAGUUAGCAAGAAAUUUACCUGUAGAAAAUUGGCAUAAAACAUUCCUUCAAGUUUUAGAAGAUUUAAUAUCCGUCGAAGGCCUUAAAAAAGGCUUUCUUAUAAAUCCAAUAGUAGGGCCUGAACCAAUAACAGGAUCCAGUAGAAUGAAGGGAGGUACAGCAACCAAACUUAUACUAGAAUCUAUCUUCGUUAGUGCUUUAUCAACUUUACAUGUCAAAGGUCAAAAUAUAAUAGCUCAGUUAGUGUUAAAUUCGUAUGAAACAGUUUAUCAAAAUGUAUAUAAGGAAAAAGAACAGAUUGCUAAAGUUGUUAAACUUGCGGGUAAAAGUUUAAACUCAGGUGGAUAUAUAUACUAUGUUGGCUGGGAUAGUCUAGGAAUUAUGGGACUGAUAGACGCAUCAGAAUGUCAACCAACAUAUGGAGCUUGUAGCCCUAGAUGAUGUUCGAGGUUUUCUAUAUAAAAGUUAUAGUAAUCUUAGAAAUAAAGAAGGCAGUUUAUCACAUGUGGGUAAACAUUAUCUAAUCAGUAUAGAAGAUUUUACAGCCAAUAUUUUACCUGGAUUACGGGAAG